UGUUUUGGUUUUUUUUAUGUAAACAAAACUUGUAUUGUUAACUUCAAAUUUCAAUUAAUUAACAACAAUGAAUCAAUGAACUGAGUUUCUUCUAUAUUGUGAAUUUACUUUUCAAAGUACGUGUGAUUAAAAUGUCUUCUUUUAAGUGCGUUUACAAUCGCGUUGUUGUCAGAUACAAUUCUGAUCGUGAAUGAAAAACUAGUGUUAGUUAAUUUGAACCUUAAGCUACUAUGGAUACCGGAGAAGCUAACGAAAGGCCUACGAACAUUCGUCAAAAUAUGGUUGAUCCAGACAUAGGAUUGGCAUUAGAUGAUGAAGUGGAUUCAUUAAAUAGCCCAGAAGAUGCAGUAUCUAUCGAAGCGAGACUCGAACAAUUUCGGGAUAACUGGAAAAAAGAACUCAAACUGAAGACAACAUCUCACGAUAAUGAAAAUGACACAUCGGUUAAAAAUAAAUCACCAAGAGAUGCAGCCAUAACUCAUAGUAGAGAUUAUGAUGGUAAAGAUGUAUCUGAUAUGGAACGCCAAGCUGCUGAAUUAUUUGAAAAAGGGAGUAAUUUGGAAGCAAAUGGAAAAUUGUACGAUGCUGUUGCUUGCUACAGACGAGCAACCCAACUUGUGCCUGACAUAGAAGCAAGAAUGUAUUUUAAAGAAAAAGCUAAUCGAGAGCAGCGUAAACUUGAUCAAGAAAAUCAAGACACUAAUGUUGAUGUUUCAAUUGAAUCCAAGGAAGACACAAAAGAACUCGACUUUGAAGAUGAAAUCAACUUAGUUUUGAAAUUUAAUUCGCUCAAUAUCAGUGACAAUGGAAAAUUUUUCAUCUGUCAACCAUCUAUUCCAACUCGCUCAACUCAUUUUUCUAAUCUUCCGUACGAAGUUGUGCUUUAUAUUCUUCGUUGGGUUGUUUCUGAUGAGCUUGAUAUGAGAUCAUUAGAAACCUUUGGACAAGUUUGUAGAGGUUUUUAUAUAAUUUCAAGAGAACCCGAGAUUUGGAAACUUGCCUGUCUUCGAAUGUGGUCUGCACCUAUCAUUGACCAAGAAGAUUUUUCUCUUUAUAAUGAUGAUUGGCGUACAAUGUUUCUUGAAAAACCUCGAGUCAAUGUAAAUGGUAUCUACAUUAGUAAAGCAUCUUAUGUUCGCCAAGGAGAAGCAUCUUUUCAAGAUGUGAAUUAUCGACCCUGCUAUUUGGUUGAAUACUAUCGGUACCUAAGAUUUUUUCCUAAAGGAGUCAUGAUGAUGUUAAACACGCCUGACGACCCAUACCAAACCCUGCCAAAACUCAGGUCUCAAAAUGCUAGCAAUCUUGCAAUCAUUAGAGGCCACUAUAGAAUUCAUGGUUCCAGGAUUAAUGCUGUUUUAAAAAGUCGAACUUCUUCUGUUGAAAGAAUAACUUUUGGUAAACGCGGACAUAAAAACCGACCGGUUGUCUCAGAGAAAGACUACAACAUUUCAUUGGAUAUUCGCAAUGUAAAAGGAAGUCGUAACAAUCAACUUGUUUGGAGCAGCUAUUCGGUAGUUUCGAAAAAAAACAAUGAAUUUGAAUCAUACAAUACUUUCGAUAUUGUUAGUUUGACUAAAUUCCCUCCGUUUAGGUUCAGUCGAGUCAAAUCUUAUGGUCUUACAUCCAUGGCUCCUUUAAUGUAAACCAAACAGAUAAAUUCAAAUGUAUACGUUAAUACAUUUUGUAGUUAUAAACAUGUAAGAUAUUUUGGGUGAUAUUUUAAAGGGGUAAAUUGUUUCAUUUCUGUAUACUAAUGGUUGGAAUUGUUCAACUCAUUUAUAAAAGUUAAGAAUGAAAUAAAUUCAAUGAACCUUUUCGAAAAUGAAGAAAA